UCAAAUCCUGACUCUUCCUCUUCCUCUAAUAGGCUUUUAACAUGGGGAGAUACUCAAAUUCAAGUUAAAACAUACCACAAUCAUGCUUUGCUUAUCACAAUUGCAUUCAACACUCUGCAUGGGUAUGGUGGGUUGCGUGUAUUAUUUGUGGAGAGUGGAGACAAAAGCAACUUGUAAGAAGGAAAUUACUCGUAAACAAUGAUGUUGGAGGUCUCAGCUUAUUCCAAUUAAGCAAUUAUCAACCCAACCCAUUUUUUGUUUCUUAUUACUGUAACCCAUCAUUUAUCCAUUAGUAUAAAAAUAUCUGGCUGGGUAUCCCAAAUGGAUGGAAAGUGAAUCAAUCAGUAUCUUCAACGUGGCCCAAUAAGGCCCAUCCAAUUGUCUCCUUUCUCCAUUUUCCUAUAUGAACCAGAACGCGGUUUCCUCCGGCAGACGGUCUACAAUGGCGUCAAUUUCCGUUCUUUCUUUCUUUUUCCUUGUCUCUUUCUGCCUCACUCCAGUUACCAUUUCCGUCCAAUCCGAUGAAUAUGAAACUUUUAUCAUUCACGUUUCCAAAUCCGAUAAGCCCCGUGUUUUCACCACCCACCACCAUUGGUACUCCUCCAUCAUCCGAUCCGUUUCUCAACACCCUUCUAAAAUCCUCUACACCUACGAACGCGCCGCCGUAGGAUUCUCCGCCCGCCUCACUGCCGCACAGGCCGAUCAGCUCAGUCGUAUUCCCGGUGUAAUCUCCGUCCUUCCCGAUGAAGUACGCCACCUCCACACCACCCAUACCCCUACCUUCUUGGGACUUGCUGACUCCUUCGGCCUCUGGCCCAAUUCCGAAUACGCUGAUGACGUUGUCGUUGGGGUUCUGGACACGGGUAUCUGGCCGGAAAGGCCGAGUUUUUCGGACGAGGGUCUCUCUCCAGUUCCUUCAAGUUGGAAAGGGAAAUGCGUUACUGGACCAGAUUUUCCUGAAACCUCAUGUAAUAAAAAAAUCAUAGGUGCUCAAAUGUUUUACAAAGGGUAUGAAGCUAAACAUGGCCCAAUGGAUGAAUCAAAAGAAUCAAAAUCGCCAAGAGAUACUGAAGGACAUGGAACACACACAGCAUCAACUGCAGCUGGUUCUGUAGUGGCAAAUGCUAGCUUUUACCAAUAUGCCAAAGGUGAAGCUAGAGGUAUGGCUAUAAAAGCAAGAAUAGCUGCAUACAAGAUUUGCUGGAAAAAUGGUUGUUUUAAUUCUGAUAUAUUGGCUGCCAUGGAUCAAGCUGUUGACGAUGGUGUGCAUGUGAUAUCACUUUCUGUUGGGGCUAACGGUUAUGCUCCACAUUAUCUCUAUGAUUCUAUUGCAAUUGGAGCUUUUGGUGCAUCCGAACAUGGCGUCCUUGUCUCAUGUUCAGCUGGAAAUUCUGGUCCCGGCGCUUAUACGGCAGUGAACAUCGCACCCUGGAUUCUCACCGUUGGUGCUUCAACUAUAGAUCGUGAGUUCCCUGCAGAUGUUAUUUUAGGAGAUAAUAGAAUAUUUGGUGGUGUUUCAUUGUACUCCGGCAAUCCUUUGGCCGAUACCAAAUUGCCGGUGGUUUAUUCCGGCGACUGUGGUAGCAAAUACUGUUAUCCAGGAAAGCUAGACCCGGAAAAAGUUGCCGGAAAAAUAGUUCUGUGCGAUAGGGGAGGCAACGCUAGGGUUGAAAAAGGGAGUGCAGUGAAGCAGGCAGGCGGAGUAGGGAUGAUACUCGCUAAUUUGGCUGACUCCGGCGAAGAACUCGUCGCCGAUUCACAUCUUCUCCCGGCGACGAUGGUAGGUCAAAAAGCAGGAGACAAAAUAAGACACUACGUCAAGUCUGAUCCAUCUCCGACGGCGACGAUCGUGUUCAGAGGAACCGUGAUAGGAAAAUCACCGGCGGCGCCACGUGUAGCGGCGUUCUCGAGCCGAGGACCUAAUCAUUUGACGCCGGAGAUACUUAAACCGGAUGUUAUUGCACCUGGAGUUAACAUUUUGGCCGGUUGGACCGGAUCUGUUGGACCGACGGAUUUGGAUAUUGACACGAGAAGAGUGGAAUUUAAUAUUAUUUCUGGGACUUCCAUGUCGUGCCCUCACGUUAGUGGAUUGGCUGCUUUACUUAGAAGGGCCCACCCAAAGUGGACCCCAGCAGCGGUAAAGUCAGCACUUAUGACAACAGCUUACAAUUUAGAUAAUUCUGGUAAAGUAUUUACAGAUCUUGCCACUGGCCAAGAAUCUACUCCUUUCGUUCAUGGAUCAGGUCAUGUAGACCCGAACCGAGCAUUGGAUCCGGGUUUGAUUUACGAUAUCGAAACUAGUGAUUACGUGAAUUUCCUAUGCUCCAUUGGUUAUGACGGCGACGAUGUCGCCGUGUUCGUGAGAGAUUCUCCUCGAGUAAAUUGCAGUGAACGGAAUUUGGCUACUCCGGGAGACCUGAAUUACCCGUCGUUCUCCGUUAUUUUUACCGGUGAGAGUAACGGUGUGGUAAAAUACAAGCGGGUGGUGAAAAAUGUAGGGGAAAGUACAGAUGCUGUUUAUGAAGUGAAGGUGAACGCGCCGCCGUCUGUGGAGGUGAGUGUAUCGCCGACGAAGCUUGUUUUCAGUGAGGAAAAGCAAAGUUUGUCGUAUGAGAUUAGCUUAAAGAGUAAAAGCAGUGGUGAUCUGGAGAUGGUGAAGGGGAUUGAAUCUGCAUUUGGGUCGAUUGAAUGGAGUGAUGGAAUUCACAAUGUGAGAAGCCCAAUUGCGGUGCGUUGGCGUCAUUAUUCUGGUGCAUCCAUGUGAGUAAUGGAUGUUUGUUGUUGGAUCAGCUUGACAAUGUAGCCGAUGAUUGUUCUUUAUUGCAUGGACCAAUAAACUGGGAUGAUGACAAAUUGAAAGAGGAAAUGUCCUUAGAGGACCAUCGAAUUUGUCCAACUUGAUGUUGCCUUUAAUUUAACUUUAUUUACCUUUUUUUCUCUGUUUUGGAUGUUGUUCAGAUUGAUGUACAUAUGAAUGAAGCAUACCCAGUUGUUUCA